AUGGAUAAGCAAUUUUUAAACUAUAGAGUUAAAAUAUUUACAAAGGAUAAAACGUUUCUAGAAGGAACACUUAUAAUGGUAGAUAAUGAAUGUAAUGCUAUGAUUGAUGACUGUGAAGAAUUUAAAGAUACAAAAACUCCUUUACAAUCACCUCGCCAAUAUUUAGGAUUGGUUGUAAUUCCUGGUAAAAAUAUAAAAUACACUGAAUAUUUGUAUAAAGUGCCAAAAAUAAAUAAAUUUAAUCACUUAAAUUAG